GGUUUGUCGCAUGUUUGAUGUAAAUAGUGCAUUGAGGGCUGUUUUGGUCACACAAUUGCACUUUUAUUUCUUAAAAAAAUCAAAUUAUCUCCUCUAUUCUGAAUCAGGUCAUUCGGCAGAAUGUCCGAAACCAAGUCCAAGAUUUUCAGCAGCGAGGAAUAUGACCAGGUUGUCCAGUACAUGAUGGGCGGACUGUCCAGGUAUCGGGAGAACAUCAUCGUUCCUCGCAACAUGGGUCCAGUCACAAUAAAAACGAACGAAGAAAAAAUGGUUGAAGGCUUUUUCGAGAGCUGUUUCUUCAAGUCAGGCAUGAGCUGCGUGUUAGGCUACGGUUUGGGGGCGGCUAUUGGCCUUUUCUCGGCUAGUGUGAACCCGACCAUCACCGGACAGGAUGCAAAACAGCAGACGGCCAAGGAAGUGUUCAAAGAUCUGAAGGUGUCCACUCUGAGUUAUGCAAAGAAUUUUGCACUCAUCGGUCUUAUGUUUUCUGCAGUCGAAUGCACCAUAGAAACGCAUCGAGGAAAGAGCGAUUGGAGAAAUGGAACGUAUGCCGGCGGAGUCACCGGCGGCUUGUUGGGGUUGAGAGCUGGGCUGAAGGCAGGAAUUUUUGGUGCGGUAGGCUUUGCAGCUUUUUCGACAGCAAUUGAUUAUUAUAUGAGAGGACACUAAUAUAACGAAUUUGUGCAAGUUUAUUAGAGUGCAGAGACUGUGAUUAUUAUUUUGUUAAGCUCGAAGAGAAAUAAAAUGUUGACAUUAUAAAUGAUAAGAUGUAAAAUAUUAUUUCCAAAAUAUUACUAAAUGGCAAGUAGCAAAAAAAAAUUAUAAUAGAGUAACAGUGGUAAAAUAACAAG